CGUUUGCGUAAGUGACCAAUGGAAUACCAAAACUGACGUGACGCCACUUCCGCUCCGGUAGUUUUGCGGGAAGUUUGGUGUCCGAUAGCUAAACAAAACACGCACAAAUCUCAUCCAACAGCCAUCAAAAGAUGCCUCCUAAAGCCAAAGCUGCUGGAGGAGGGAAAGGCAGAGCUCCAGCGAAGAGGAAGCUGGCAGAGGAGUUUCCCCCCGGAGAGGUGCUCACUGACACGGGGAAGAAAGCCUGGAAACUCGGGGCACCUAUUGGACAAGGAGGAUUCGGGCUUAUUUACUUGGCUGAGGAAAAUUCUGCAAAACCUGUUGGUUCAGACGCCCGCUACGUCAUAAAAGUGGAGCCCAGUGAAAGUGGCCCCCUAUUUUCCGAGCUCAAAUUCUACAUGCGAGCAGCAAAGCCCGAGCUGAUUCAGAACUGGAUAAAGUCGCACAAGCUGAAGAGUUUAGGUGUUCCCAAAUACUGGGGCUCAGGACUUCACGAGAAAGGAGGGAGGAAGUAUAGGUUUAUGGUCAUAGACCGACUUGGCACAGAUCUGCAGAAGAAGUUUGAGGAAGGUGGAAAACGGUUCCCCAGAAAACUAGUCUUGCAGCUCGGUCUUCGACUGCUGGAUACUUUGGAGUACAUUCACGAGUAUGAGUAUGUGCAUGCUGAUGUCAAGGCAUCCAACCUCAUGUUGAGCUACAGCGAUCCAAACCAGGUUUACUUGGUGGACUAUGGUCUGGCGUACAGGUACUCUCCAGACGGGGUCCAAAAAGAUUACAAGGAGGACCCAAAGAGGUGCCAUGAUGGGACCAUUGAGUUCACCAGCAUCGACGCACACAAGGGAGCAACCCCGAGCAGGAGAGGGGACCUGGAGAUCCUGGGUUACUGUAUGGUGCAGUGGCUGUGUGGUCGCCUGCCCUGGGAGGACAAACUGCAGGACCCCAUCUAUGUCAGGGACUCCAAAAUCAGGUUUCGAGACAACAUUUCAGAAUUCAUGACAAAGUGUUUUCCCUCACAAGACAAACCAAGUGAGCUCCAGAAGUACUUGGAGGAGGUGAAAACUUUGGGGUACCAGGAGCAGCCUCCCUACGACAAACUGCGCUCCAUCCUUCAGACGGGACUCAAAACUCUGCAGGCCAAAGAUGACGGGAAACUGGAGUUCAGCUCAGUCAACGGGGCUGCAUCACCCAAGAAAGCGACCAAACGGAAACAAAAAGUCGUAAUUGAAGAGGACGGCGUAGACAGCGAAGAGGAAGAAGGUCCCGUCAAGAAAAAAAGGGUCACUAAAAAGAAAGAGGUCAAUGGUGUGAAGAAGGCUGCCAAUAAAAGCCCCAAAGCUAAGAAAGCACUGCCGAAAUUCACAGAAAUGGCGACAGAGAGUUCACCCGGACUGGUCAAAAAAAAACCCAGAGGCAGGCCCAAGAAAACUGCCGCCUGAGCCUUACCACACUCCGUUUGUACUACUGCCUUACAGCUUCUUAUUAAAAUGUUUUAGAUUAUUGUUUAAUAUUAAUUUCUAUCUUAUUUUCACGCGCUGAUGCUAUUGAUAAGUUGGACCAGUUUCAUUGCAAUAAAGAAGGAUUUCAGCUGG